GCAUUGCUGCACACUACCAGAUCACACAACAACACAGUCUAUGGGAAAAUUCACACAGACAGCAACACGCUUAUUUACAAAUUAUCCGAUGCACAUUAGGGCAUAGCAAGUUGAGGAAACCUGUACCGGAGACACCUCACAAAAACAACAGCACAUACAGAUAGAUAGAGCACCAGUCAGUCAAGAGGAGAGAGGGGUUCAGUCCUUCAAAGAAAGAUAAGAAAACAUCACACUUCAAUUGUUGGAGAAAAACUGAACGCGUCAGCGUUAUUUGGAAGUUUUUUUGAGCGAUUUUUUUUGCAUACUGGCCUAUCAUCACAUCUCGGCAUCCUUACAAAUAGCAUCGGUCCACUUUGGAAGUGACGAGUGUGCCAACAAUAGUGGUAGGGCAUAAGAUAUAAUUUUUUGCAAUCCUCUCAUUCUAAUCUAGGUUUAACGAUUUGGUCAGCGAACUAUUGCUAACUUUUGUUGUGUCUAUGGUGUAAGUCUAAAACGUAAUCCAUGUCAAAACGUUAACUUGCAUUGUUUUGUUCGUAAUAAUAACAAUUGGAUUGGAAUUUUGGAAAAAGAUGCUGUGCGCACCGAGAAUGGAAACAGGUCCGCGAUUGUGGCUUUAAGCCCUUUCUUUUUCUAAUAUCUUAACAACCAGUAUUUUAUUUGAUUAUCUUACAGAGAUAAAACUUCACUAAAUUCAAAAUAAUCUUAUUGGUGAGAUUUUUAUUGGUGAGCUUCGGUUCCCGAAGAAGCGCCUGUCAGUUUGUUCUCCUGUUAACUUUGUAGGUAGCCUAAAACUUCCUGACCGGCUGUCACUUCUUAUAUUUCAACUUCUAGAUCACCAGAUAUCAAUAACUCUAAUCAAUGUUUCACUUUUACAUAUAGGAGAUGCUAAACUGAAUGGAUACAUCUAAUUUCUGAAUAGAUCAGAAAUAUAAGGCUUGACUUUUCAACAUUUUACGCUAGAAUUACGCGUGAUAGUUGCAGUAGCCUAUUUGGCAAAACAUCAUCAACAUUUUGUCAUUAUAUCUAGAUAAAGAUAAAUAACAAUAUUCAUUUAUCUUUCCACGGUCUCCAACCUACACACCCCUGCGUAGAGGACGCGUUUCCUGCCCCUCACACCACCGGCAUCAAUGUCAUUGCUAACCUCCUGAAAGCUGCAGUUGUCUCGUCGCUGAUACAGAGAGAAAUCCAGACAUAGAAUGGCCGAUGAGCUGGUAACCAUCACUCAUGGGAUUGUGGUGUGACUUGUUCGGCUGGAGGGAAGACUGCUGAUAUUCUUUGAAAAAUCUUCAUAGACUCAGUGCGUGUUCAAUCUACCAGAGCAGGGAUGAUCAGGAUCUUCCCGGAUUUCAGCGUUCAGGUGACGGCGGCAGGUGGAGGAGCCGGGGGAAUGCCAUCAGGUCCUGCGGUGGGGAGAAUCCCCGGUACCACUAACGGGAACCCGCAGAACGUCCAGGGGAUCACGUCCUAUCAACAAAGGGAAAUUAAAACCCUACACCCUUUCUGCAUGGAGGGAUCAGAGGAGGAGGCCAUAGUUGAUGCCCAAUUCAUGUCCAAAUUCCCCCACGACCCUUACUGGGAGAGGCCUGCUAAUGCCAGCUCCUGUUCAGCCUCUAGGCCCAAGACACUCCACCUUGGAGGGCAACAACAUACCUCAUCGCCAUGGUUGCAGGCUCUGAGGAAGGAGAAGUCCCGGGAUGCGGCUCGCUCGCGGCGGGGGAAGGAGAACUUUGAGUUCUAUGAGCUGGCCAAGAUGCUGCCCCUGCCCGGGGCCAUCACCAGCCAGCUGGACAAGGCUUCCAUCAUCCGCCUCACCAUCAGCUACCUGAAGAUGAGGGACUUCGCCAACCAGGGGGACCCGCCAUGGAACCUGCGCAUAGAAGGCCCACCACCCAACACCUCCGUCAAAGCUAUAGGAGUACAGCGAAGGAGGACUCCCAGUGCAGUAGCCUCAGAGAUCUUCGAGCCACACCUCGGGAGCCACAUAUUGCAGGACCAAAGCUGCGGCAUUGUUCAAGCCUUCUAG